UUUACGACAUCCAAUUUGCCAUCUAUGAAAGAAUUUCUGUUGACCACGCCCAAAGUCCCAUCCAUGAGGGUAAAAAUCGAUUUUACUGACGAUCACCUCUCUGUUUUUAACGGAGUUCCCAGUACCCAGGAUAAUAAGCCAUUUAGUAGCACUUUUUUCUAUCGAUCAGAGAUCUCGAGAAAAAGGAAUAGCUCAAAGACGCCGUAAUUAUUAGGGGACGAACAUUUGAUUUCUGAACACAAUAUUGGGUGUGGUCCAUUAGCAAUUUCCUAAGCCCUAAAAUAAAAUUAAAUUGUCACGUUUUGCUAAGUUUUACGCCCCCCAAGUGAUGGUUCCGCCGUAAAAGAAAGCUACCUCCACCCCUACAAAAAAAACAAGCCCAAAAAUCUCACAAAGAAAAUUUCGAACAGGCAAACCUUGGUUAAAAGGUACAGGAGAAAUUCCGGAGAAUCAAGCAGCCAAGCCGGCCGCGAAAGAGCUACACUAGCAUAUCUCCACAGGGUGCCCCUGAAUUACCCAGAGCUCAAAGCGCUUAGCUAGAUGUGACGUCACUCUGAUCCUAGUGCGCAGACGCAAGCUGUGUGAGAGGGAUCUUUACACAAAUUUCUCUGGAAAUUUUUUUACAAAAUGGAUCACGAGUACUUUCCAGAGGAAGAAAAUCGAAGUUUGUACGUCGGGAAUCUUGAUCCCAAAUGUACACAGGAAUUAAUAUGUUCCAUAUUUAACAAAAUAGCCAAAGUCGUCCGCUGCAAGAUGAUAAAUUCGCCAACAGACAAAGGGCCAUACUGUUUUGUUGAGUUCGAGACACAUGCAGAUGCCCAGGAAGCCAAGUUUCGAAUGGACCAAAGAACAGUGAUGGACAAGAAAUUGAAAGUAAACUGGGCUACCAAUCAUCCAGGCAUGAAGCGGGGAGACACUAAUAAUCAUUUUCAUAUAUUUGUGGGAGAUUUAGCAGAGAAUGUUGACAAUGCAUUACUUAGAAAGACAUUCGAACCCUUUGGCGAAAUAUCGGAAGUGCGGGUUGUCAAGGACCCUGCUAAAAACAAGUCUAAAGGGUUUGGAUUUGUAUCAUUCGUAAGGAGAGAAGAUGCUGCUAAGGCGAUAGCGGAAAUGGAUUCUGUAACAAUUGGUGGAAAGCAAGUAAAAACAAAUUGGGCUGCUAGAAAAAAUAAUCCAACUCAAACAAAGCCUCUAGUCUGGGAUGAUGUGUUUCAUCAGUCCUCACAACUAAAUACUACAGUUUAUGUUGGUAAUUUACCACCUGAUGUCAAAGAUUAUGAGCUUCAACAGAUGUUUUCUCAGUAUGGAUCUAUACUUGAGACAAAGGUUUUUGCAGAUAAAGGUUAUGCAUUUAUAAAGUUUAGUAAUCACAAUGAGGCAACACACGCAAUAAUAGGGACACAUAAUCAAGUCAAGAUGGGUGAUAUAAAUAACCCUUACCUUCUACGGUGCUCGUGGGGAAAAGAGACGCCAGAGAUGCUUAACUUCCAGCAGGCGGCAUGGCAACAACAGCAAUACUACUCUCCAUACGUUGGCGCCUACUACCCACAAACCGCCGCCCAGCAACCAACACAACAGCAGCAGCAGCCAUCGUAUAUCCAGUACCACCCCCAAUACAGCAUGUACUACCAGCAACCUGCCGCGUAUGCCGCUGGGGCGCAACCUCUAUACGCUGUGCAAAAUUAUUCAGCUGCCACCGCUUCGCAGAUGAGCACAUCCAGCACUACAGGUGCGGCAGGAGUCCAACAGACCCCGCCUCAAGUCACCCAACAGGUUAUGGGUAUCCCUGCCGCUGGCGGGAUGAUCGCCACACCCCAAGGUGCAGGCUACGCCAUGCAGCCGGCUGCUGGCUACCCCGCCCAGUAAUGUCACCCUGGGAUCUAUCAAAGGCAUUUAACCCAAGAAAACAAGGACAAUAAUAGCUGAGAUGCUGAUACCCAAGCUCGAUCGCUUUGUCGCAUCUCAGGUGGCUUUUGUAGUAAAAUGUAAUCAAGCAACGUUUUAUGGCAGGAUCAGCAAAAUAUCGAAUCCAUGUUCUGACAGUGCUCGAGAAAUCAGCGCUUGCGGAGUACCCGCAAAGACCGCUUGGUCCCCGAGCAUGUGUUCUGACAAUUGACAGUGAAAUUCCGAUGGCUUGUUGCACACUGAUUGGUUGUUUUCUUGGCAUUUUGUCAAUUUGAAUAACCAGCAAACCUAGAUUUCUUUGGAAAGCUUUUUUUUGCCACUCUGGUAACAAGCUUGGAUUCAUAGUGGGUUUGAAUUGUAUGGAUACUAGACCAUAAUAAAACAACAGACAUCUGAAUUUCAUUGUGAAGUUAUCAGGUAUCGCUGAUACGUUUCUGCUAGACACUGCCAUAAGAUCUAAGACACUUGUGACCUUGAGGUAACAGUUAAUUGUCGGUCAAAUAGCGCGCGAAUUGAGUCAUCAGUGAAAAUACAAAUAAGAAAUGAAAACAAAUAAAAUUCUCAAAAUAGCCAAAGGGUGCCAAAAAUGUCUAAAUGAAAUUUCGGGAGGAAAUGAGAGGCAAAGAAAAAAUAUUAAGUAGAAAAGAAAUUUAAAAAAAAAAAGCUAAAAUUAUGGUUGGUGAGUGCGCGAAUUACGCCAGCAUAGCAAUAGCGGCACUCUGUAGAGCUUUAGUGCGAAGUAUGAGCAGUAUGGUCUGGGCCGUGUACAGUUCAAAACCACAGAGAUCUAACAUAUAUUUUGUAUUUAUUAUCCGUCAUGAUCGACCAUCUUGCUAGAAAAUCUAUUUUUCUGUAGAGCCCGGGAUGGUUUUAUAAUAUUUAUGAACCUUUCAAUUAUGCAUUUUCCUCGGCAGUCGGCUCUGAUAGCUCCUAUUUCUAUUAUCUUCCCUACUGAAAUCCUUUCUCAUUGCAAACGAAGUGAAGAUCUCUUGUGAUAAAUGUCACGUGACUAUUUUCUACAAAUCUUGUCGUGUGCGUGUCGUGUUGUGAUCGCGAAUUUGAAGUCAAGCGUAUUGUCCCGAGCUAGUCCUUGUAAUUGUGGCUGAAAAUAGAAUAAAAAAAGAAGUUUUUA